GGAGCGCGCGCGUGUGCGUGUGUGUUGUUGACGCCGGUGUUUUUAACCCGUAGAUGGUCUCUAGCGAGCCGCUGCUGCUGCCGGUGUCACUGGAGGGCGAGUUCUCCAGUAGCAUGAAGGAGAUGAUCGGCGGCUGCUGCGUGUGCUCCGACGAGAGGGGCUGGGCCGAGAACCCGCUCGUCUACUGCGACGGGCACGGCUGCAAUGUCGCAGUGCAUCAAGCUUGCUAUGGAAUUGUUCAAGUACCCACUGGACCUUGGUUUUGCAGGAAGUGUGAAUCUCAGGAAAGAGCAGCCAGAGUGAGAUGUGAAUUAUGCCCUCAUAAGGAUGGUGCUUUAAAGAGAACAGAUAAUGGGGGUUGGGCUCAUGUGGUUUGUGCUCUAUACAUUCCCGAGGUGCAGUUUGCAAAUGUUUCUACAAUGGAGCCUAUCGUGUUGCAGUCUGUUCCUCAUGAUCGUUAUAAUAAGACGUGCUAUAUUUGUGAUGAGCAAGGCAGAGAAAGUAAAGCAGCCACUGGUGCUUGCAUGACAUGCAACAAACAUGGGUGUCGACAAGCUUUUCAUGUAACAUGUGCCCAGUUUGCAGGACUUCUUUGUGAAGAGGAAGGCAAUGGGGCAGAUAACGUCCAAUACUGUGGCUACUGUAAAUAUCAUUUUAGUAAACUGAAAAAGAGCAAACGGGGAUCUAAUAGGUCAUAUGAUCAAAGUUUAAGUGAUUCUUCCUCUCACUCUCAGGAUAAACAUCAUGAGAAGGAGAAAAAAAAAUACAAAGAGAAAGAUAAACACAAGCAAAAAUAUAAGAAGCAGUCGGAGUCUUCACCCUCCUUGGUUCCAUCUCUUACUGUAACUACAGAGAAAACAUACACAAGCACUAGCAACAACUCCAUGUCAGGCUCCUUGAAGCGGUUGGAAGACACCACAGCUCGGUUCACAAAUGCAAAUUUCCAGGAAGUUUCUGCACACGUUUCAAGUGGGAAAGAUUCCUCAGAGGCGAGAGGGUCAGAGAGCAAAGGGAAGAAAUCUGCAGGUCACAGCUCAGGUCAGAGGGGAAGAAAGCCUGGGCCGGGAAGGAAUCCGGGAACAACCGUGGCUGCAGCUAGUCCUUUCCAGCAAGGUAGCUUUUUGGGCACUCCUGGGAGCAUAAAGUCAUCUUCAGGAAGUUCAGUUCAGUCUCCACAGGAUUUUUUGAGUUUUACUGAAACAGAUCUGCGAAGUGACAGUUACACUCAUUCCCAACAGACUUCAUCAACCAAAGAUGUACAUAAAGGAGAGACUGGGAGUCAAGAAGGGGGUGUCAAUUGUUUCAGUUCCUUAAUUGGUCUCCCWUCAGCUGUUUCACAAUCUAAAAACUUUGACAAUUCACCUGGAGACUUAGGUAACUCAAGCCUUACUUCUACAGCAUACAAACGAGCUCAAACUUCUGGAAUAGAAGAAGAAACUGUAACAGAGAAGAAGCGGAAAGGAAAUAAGCAGAGUAAGCAUGGGCCUGGUAGACCCAAAGGAAACAAAAGUCAAGAAAGUAUUUCCCAUCUUUCAGUUUCUUCUGCUUCCCCAACUUCAUCUGUGGCUUCUGCUGCAGGAAGUGUGACAAGCUCUGGCCUUCAAAAAUCUCCAACUUUGCUCAGGAAUGGAAGUUUACAAAGUCUUAGUGUUGGCUCAUCUCCAGUGGGUUCAGGUAUUUUUAGCAGCAAUGAUGUAGCAGUAUCAUUUCCAAAUGCAGUAUCUGGCUCAGGAUCUAGCACUCCCGUUUCCAGUUCUCAUUUACCUCAGCAGGCUUCAAGCCACUUGCAGGUGGGAGCUCUGUCACCUUCAGCUGCGCCUUCUGUAACUACUGUUGUUGCUGCAACUCAGGCCAGCGCGCUGCCCGGCUCCUCGCUCGCUCUGCCGCCGUCGCACGGGUUCGGCGGCCGCCUCGGCGCCUCCUCGGCCAUGGCAGCGCUCGUGGCGCAGCCCGAGGGCCCCCAAGCAGAUCAAGAUCUGGGCGAUAGCGGCCGCGGCCUCGCUGGCAGAGGAGGGUCACCCCGGGGGAGCCUCUCGCCACGGUCCCCUGUGAGCAGCUUACAGAUCCGCUACGAUCAGUCGGGGAACAGCUGUGGGGAGAACGUGCCCCCCGUAGCAUCCAGCAUCGAGCAGCUGCUGGAGAGGCAGUGGAGCGAAGGGCAGCAGUUCCUGCUGGAGCAGGGCACCCCUAGUGACAUUUUAGGAAUGCUUAAAUCAUUACACCAGCUUCAGGUGGAGAACAGGCGCUUAGAAGAGCAGAUCAAGAACCUGACGGCUAAAAAGGAGCGGCUUCAGCUGCUCAAUGCUCAGCUCUCCGUUCCCUUCCCAACGCUGGCGUCCAACCCGAGCCCUUCUCACCAAGCGCACGCGUUCCCAGCACAAGCAGCACCCAGCACUGAUUCCUUGAACAGCAGCAAGAGCCCCCACCUGGGAAACAGCUUUUUACCAGACAGCUCCCUGCCCGUGCUAAACCAGGAGGUGACGUCGAGCGGCCAGAGCACGAGCAGCUCCUCGGCGCUGUCAACGCCGCCGCCGGCGGGGCAGAGCCCGGCGCAGCUCAACGGCGUCGCCGUGGGGGCCCUGGCGGGCGGCCUGCAGCCCGUGCCGCCCGCCCUGCCCGCCGUGGGCGGCAUCAUGGGCGCGCUGCCCGCCGGCCAGCUCGCCAUCAACGGCAUCGUGGGCGCCCUCAACGGCGUCAUGCAGCCGCCGGCCUCCCUGGCGCAGAACGCGUCGCCGCUGGCCCACGCGCCCGCCGCCGUGCACCCGCUGCCCACCACGCUCAGCAACAGUGCCUCGGGACUGGGACUGCUUCCUGACCAGCAGAGACAGCUCCUGCUCCAUCAGCAGCACCAGCAGUUCCAGCAGCUGCUGAGUACUCAGCAGCUCACGUCGGAACAGCACCAAGCCCUUCUGUACCAGUUAGUGCAGCAGCAGCACCAGCAGCACCAGCAGCACCAGCAGCACCAGGCCGACGUGCAGCAGCUGCAGAUCCCCAUCAACAACCUGCUGUCGGGCGCGCAGGCGGCGCCGCUCGCCGCCCCCGCCAACCCCUUCCUGGCCAUGCACGGCGAGAGCGCCGCGCAGAAGGUGACAUAUUUUCUCUUGCACAGAGGCUCAAUGAUAAAACUGGACCAGUCGCAUCAGAGAAGAGCUGACGUCUGAGCGAUGCCGCCGCCGCUGCCGCCCUGCCCUGCCGCAGGCUCACGGGCUGCACUGAGCAGCUGGGUAGGCCGCGAUUUACUCACUUGUUGCACUAAAAUGGAAGUACUUGUUCAUGUUUCAGACUGUGAAAAGAGAAAACCCUGCAGACCAUAAUGUUAUGUCCAUGUGAUGGUACUAAGUACAAAUUUGAACAUAGAAAAAUAUAUAUGCUUGAUCCUUGAGUACUACUCUUCUUACCAGUUGAAAGGCUAGGAACUCUCCGCAGUUUGGAUUACUUGGGUUUCAGAGCAGUAGUUUUAAAAAGAGCCCCUGCCCCUUCCCCAGGCGGUCGCAUCUGCUGCAGCAGCAGUGCUGGCAGCGGCAGCCUGGACCUGCUCCUUGGCGUUCUUCCUUCCACAUCUCUUUUGAAAUCUGACUCAUAAGGGAAUCCACUUUUGAACUUUUUACUCCUUUAAAUUGCUGUCGAUACAGAGUGCGAGUUUUCCCUCAGUGAGAACUACAGUUGGGAAUCCAGAGCUGUUCAUUUUGGUUGUAGGUUUUAGAGUUCUGAGGUUUUUAAAGAAACCACUUUGGUUGAGAUGCGAAGUCCUCUCAGCAGACGAGGCCG